UGGCACGGACUGCAAUGUAAUGUCAGCAAAGAUAGACAGCGAGAUUUCCUACACCAUCUUUUACAAUGGAUCUGUCGUCAACUCCAGUUGUGAUGAAAUGUCUUUCGUUAGUAACGAUGACCAUGAGAUAUGUGUGAAAUCUUCAAAAUUCCAUGACCCUGAUUGUGCAGUCGAACUUCUGAUUGAGAGAGGAGAGGAUGAAAAGGAGUCCAAAUUUAAUUGUCAAGCUACAGAAACAUUCUGUUCCAAAUCGAAAGGAUCAUUAAGUAUACAAUACAUACUCCGCAACAACUUUUCCCCCCAAAAUGUAUCUUUCUCCAUUGUUGUUUUUGCUGACGAAUUCGAUUGGGAUCUGUUACGUACUGUGUUGAGUAUCGUUAUUCCGCUGUUUCUGUUUUUGGUCACCGGAAUAUUUUUAGCUUUCUGCUUCUUCUGUAACAGAAGAAGACGAACACGUGCACCAUACAAUACAAGGCCACCUGUCGGAAGUUAUCCCACCCAGUCCUCUUCAUAUAACAACCCACCUACCGGAGCCGACUCUACACUGCCUCCUAUAUGCCCAACAUAACCAAUUUUCUGGGAUUUCUGCAACACAGAACCCUUCGUACGAUCCAUCUUUUGGAGCAUACUCUAAACA